AGAGGGUCCCUCCUCCCUACACACCCAAUGAACCCAUGCCCACCCGCUCAUUCACACCACUGCACUGAUCAACACACGGGCUUUCUUUGCUACCUGUUACUGCCAACGCGAAAGGAAAAUAUUACAACACUUAAUGCUUAGUAUCAUUUGGUUUUGUUAAAGAAAAAUAGUCGUUUGUUGAGAGAAAUCCUGUCACUCAGAAUGUGAGACUCGAAUCCAGCUCGUGGAGCGCGACUGACGUGUAUUGAGUGACAGCCGUGUUGAUCUUAAUAUGAGUCGAGCAGCGAAACGCGCGUGAAAGACAUCGUAUUUUUUAGGACGGCGUUUUCAACUUAAAGGAAACGACAGGUUUCGCAGGUACCCGGAGACCUCCAUCAAGUAAGCCUGUGUAAUUCCUCUGGACGUCGACUAAGCGGUAACAUCCACAGUGAGUGAAGCAAGCACUAAUGAAGAAGCAAUGGUCAUGUUCUACAGUUUGCUGAUAAGAACAUGGCAGGUGUGAGUGGAGUUGUGGCAGCAACUCUGUAAUCAUGACCCUCACCAAUAUGGUUUGCAGCGAACAGAGUUCUGGCACUUCAGUGCCCAAAAAGGAAACGCAGACCCGCAAGAAGCGUAAAUCCCGUCCUCAGGGUCUGCCUUCUCCAGCCCUCUGCUGUGCAUGUGGAUUGUGCAUCAUGUUGGCAGGCAUCAACAUCACCUUAGUAGGCGCCUUCGCCUUCAGCACGCUUGUGCCCUCUAGCAAUCCCCCAAUCAUCAUCGGACCUGUACUCCUGCUUGUGGCAUUCUCCUUCUUCGGGGCUUGCUGCAUCUGCAGUCGCUUGCCUCCGCCUCAGAGCUCUCGACGGACCAAAGGAGUUGGCGGUUUGGGAUUCAUGGGUAGGGGCGGAGGGGGAUUAAGUGGAGGCGCGGCGUUUGAGAUUGAGACCAGCGAACACACGAUGCAGGACACCACAGCCGUGCAGCUCAGUCCCACCAACUCGCCCUGCUCCUCUCACACCUCCAGCCCCGAAAGAGAGGCUCCUGCCACUGCCGCCAAUGCCACCGUUCCCGCCCCAGAGUACAUCCCUCCACGAGCCUGCAAGCUCUUCACUAUGGAGGCCAAUGGACCCAACUCAGCAGCUUUUUCUGCUUCUACAGGGGGUGGAGGGGCGGUCCGGCUCACUUUGCCCUCAGACUGCACCGCCACUUAAGGCUGCCAGUUUAGGUCGCUCUCUGGAGAAGGGCUGCUAUUACGUUAUUUAAAUAGUUCUUCAGAGAGGAAGGCAAGCACUUUGUGUGAAGAAUUCAUUUGAUUAUCACAGCUGGCUUGUGCCACGAGGUGCAAUAACAUUUGUAAUGUUCGCAUAAAUUCAGCGGGUUGAUUUUUGGAGUCUGGGAGGCCCAUGUGCUCCUAAUAGAAAUGACAGAGGUAUGUCAGAAGCAUAUGAAGAGCAUUUGCGUUCUCUUAUCCAAAGAGAGAGAGCCUUGAAAGGUGAAUCACUGUGGUGUGCUUCACAUAUUCAUACUGUGCCACUGUUACUCAGAGCUUUCACAGUUACUGCGCUCAAAAGAGACAGAAUCAGCUGUUGUGUUAAGAUGGCUUUGGAGACGAGCCUGAGAAACAGAACGGAGAAAGACAUUACACUGCGUGUUGUCAUAUGUCAGUGUAGAGACCAAAAAACAGAGUUGUUGUAUAUUUUCUCGUCGUCAUUUUAAAUGCGAAAAUACAUUUGAACUGUCAAUUUUUUGAUGACUCUCCAUGGCCAACCUUUUUGGAUUUUGUCUUUAUCGGAUGCUUAAAUAAGCCGUGACACUGUGUGAGAGAGAGCACUGCCAUUUUCACACAAUUUAGAAAAGUUGCAGGUUGCUAAGCAGUGCCAUUGUUUGUGUUCAAGUCAGACAAAUAAUUCAAGUGCAAUGAAGGGCGGAAUAAAAACUUUUUCCAAUUAUAGUGCAAUUCGCCUAACGCAGUGUGGCGAAAAUGCACAUUUGAUGAUUGAGCUGUACUCGUACUGUUGUUGAAUUUUGUUUGUGAUUGAAAGUUGUGACAUUAUUCAAUGAACCAACAGCCCAUUGUUGUAUAAGAAAAAAAAAAGAAAAGAAACUAGCUGCAAGCCUGCUGUCUUUAUUUUACACUGUGGUUUAUAAUGCUGCCAAGUAAAACAAUAUUUCUUUCCUUUAUGGUUGCCAAAGGCUGUUUUCUCCUUCAAGCAUUCCUCUCCUGUUGUUCUCAGUUGUCACUUGUCUUACAUCAGCAGUAUGCAGAUAUUUGAGUAUACUACCUACAUCUGCUCACAGUGUCCCUUCCUAAAAAAAUUCUUAUCUGACUCUCUCUGUGCCCCCUGUUUUUUUGCCCUUUGAAAGCAAGAGCCAGAAUUGUUCUCAAACAUGCCCUCCAUCAUUGACCCACACAGAUGGUUCAAGCCAAACAGUGAAACAAUUUCCUUGUGUUGAUUCUACCAGAGAGGCAGGGUUGCCAGGUUUUCGCAGCAAAACCCACCCAACUGCUACUCAAAACUAGCCCAAAAUCGCAUUAAGGGGGGUAAAAUACAUGUUUCUCGGCGGGGAUCCUCUGGUAAAAUUUGCAUUCCAGGGUCUAAAUAUCUUAAACCCGCAGACAUGAAAUCAACAAUGUUUAAGUAGCCCAAUUCCGUGGGAAAACCACAGACUUGGCAACAUUACAGAGAGGUCCGCUAAAAGCAGCGUUUGGUGGCCGAACAUAUUUAAAAAGCAAAAGACAUUAUCCAGUUAUACCUUUUUAAAAAGGAAAAUGAUCUAAUAAUGUUUAUAGAAGUAGUUACGGUUUUUAAAUGGUCACUUUGUUAUAAUUUUCAUCAGUUCCAACAAGCAGAAAGGGCUGAUAUUUAAUGAAAUAAUUAUGUAGGCUACUUAGUGUUUUCUUUCAUUUUCUGAGUGCCAGGGCAUCUGUUAAUAUACGUUUAGCUGUGUAAUAUAGUGCAGUAUAUUUAUAUUAUAAGUAUAUAGGCUAGGUCAGUAUGUGAUGAAUACUGAAGAAAGUGCAACAUGAACUGCAUGCUUACAAACAGUGCACUGUUGCCACGGGAACAAAAAAAAAAAUCCUUGAUAAUUUAAAGAGAAACAUUAAAACACAUCACUCCGCUUGUUUGUCAUGAGAUAUAUAUGAAAAGUUUCAGUGGAAGAAGAGAAGCUGAAUGGGGGCUGUGGAAACAUUGGCAUCUUUAGACCACCUCUGUUUGUAAGCUGCUAUCUGCUGCAGUCUUAAUGAAACGAAUGCUGCCUUAAUGACAGUGAUCUCAGGAUCAAACCAGUGAGGGCUACUCAAAUGUCCAAUGAGAACAUUUGGUCAUGUGGUAUUAAUGUACUAAUGGAAAUGUUGUAUUGUUAAUUAUUUUCUACCAUGUAUGUUUUCUAAAAGGUAUUUAAAUGGAGGGAAAUGCAAUGUCACGCGGGUCGAAAAGAUUUGAUAAUGCCGAAUUGCUUUACUGUUAUUAUUUUGGCGAUUGGCCAUGUUGUGUAAAAUGAUGUAUGAAUGGUGACUUGUUUUAAGUAUUGUUGGCGCUGAAAAUUUUAAUUGUGUCUUUCGUAAGUUGCUCACAUCAUAAUUAUACACCAUUUAACUCCCACUCGCAUAAUUCAAUUAGAAUUGUGGCCACACCUGUUUUUUCUCAACUUUUCUCUUCGUUCUUUCGAGUAUAUAUGUGGAAAAUAUUACAUUCAAUUCUGAAAAAACAACUCUUGGCAUGUCAGAAUAUACAUUAAA